CUGCAUAUAUUCACUGGUGAAAACAUUCCCCUGUGCUCUAACCAACUAUAAUAAACCAUGUUAUUGAAAAAAAACGUGAACGUUCACGGCUGAAUGUCCACAUUUCAGCUCAGAACUGCGGAGUAGCGGUAGCAGUAAAUGUGUGGAAACGGCUCCGGUUUCACCCUGCAGCUCCUGGGUAUCAACACCACAAGGACACAAUUCAAUGUAACCCUAAAAUAACUUCACGGCUGCGCGUGGGAGAGUUACAGACUCGCGGCGGAAGUUGUAAAACGUCAGCUAACGUUCUGGCGUGGUGCGCACGCGCACGCGCAUCUGCGAGGGAGCGAGCGAGCCGCUGAAGCGAUGAUGGCAGCAGGGGGAGCGCAGAGGCUCACAGAGAGCUGAGUGAGAAGUUGCCGGUGAUGGCGGAUAAACCCUCCACGCUGUUCGUGAAGCUGUUUGCCGCCGGGUUUUACGGUUUCAGCUCGUUCCUCAUCGUCGUGGUGAACAAAAGCGUCCUCACUAACUACAGGUUUCCCUCGUCAAUAUGUGUGGGAAUAGGACAAAUGUUGGCCACAGUGGUUGUGCUGUGGGUGGGCAAGGCUGCGAGGGUGAUCACCUUCCCAGAUUUGGAUGAGAGCAUACCUCACAAGACAUUUCCUCUACCUCUCCUGUAUGUGGGAAAUCAAAUCACUGGUCUUUUUGGUACCAAAAGGCUCAAUUUGCCGAUGUUUACAGUCCUCAGGAGAUUCUCCAUCCUUUUCACGAUGCUGGCUGAGGGAUUUCUGCUGAAGAAGAAGUUCUCCAGGCCCGUCCAGCUGACAGUGUUUACAAUGAUCCUUGGGGCGUUCAUAGCCGCAAGUGCCGACUUGUCCUUUGACCUGCAAGGCUACGUCUUCAUCCUGAUGAAUGACGUCCUGACCGCAGCCAAUGGAGCCUACGUGAAGCAAAAAUUAGAUGCAAAGGAGUUAGGGAAAUAUGGAUUAUUAUACUAUAAUGCAUUAUUUAUGAUCGUGCCCACUCUGCUAUUGGCUGAAGUGACAGGAGAUAUGCAAAAGGCAGCAGAGUUUGACGGCUGGUCUGAUGCGUUCUUCCUCUCCCAGUUCGUCCUCUCUUGUGUCAUGGGGUUUAUUCUCAUGUAUUCCACUGUACUAUGCACACAGUACAACUCUGCGUUAACCACCACCAUCGUGGGGUGCAUUAAGAAUGUCCUGGUGACCUACAUUGGGAUGGUGUUUAGCGGAGACUACAUUUUCUCUUGGACGAACUUCAUAGGUUUGAAUAUAAGUAUUGCGGGCAGCUUGGUGUACUCGUACAUCACCCUCACCGAGGAGCAGUCCAACAAACCGAGCGACAGCACCAAGAAUGAGAUCAAGGGGAAGGUUGUCGUGUGACAGACACUGGAUUUGACGCCGGUUAGCGAGAAAACUCUAUUUUUAGUACGACUUGUAUUUAUGGGGCGCUCUAGCAGCAGAUUGAUGGAAACGCCGGGAGUGGUUCUCCAUUUCCGCUGCGCGUCUUUAAUGGAAAAGGAGCCACACCGUCACGCUGCUGCUAUGGCUACCAAAUCCCCCAGAGGGAUUUUGUUGCAGAAUUUUUUAGAUAAGGUUUUCACAUGUCUUAUUAUAAUACUGUACAUGGGAAUGUUAAGAACAAGGGAACAAUAAUAUUUAUAUUCAGAUGUUUUUAGUUAGUUUUUUUUUAAGAUGGAAACUGUUUAUUUCAGGGUUUGAACAUUUCAGAGUUCAAUCUUGGGAUUAUGUAUUGUCAUCAGCUGUUGUAAGCAUGAGCGUGCUGACGCAUCACUGGGAUAAGAGUCAUGGUCAUUUAAAAGGAACCGUUCUUUUUAAAGCCUUUUCUGUUUUUUGCUGUUUACACUUUGGUACCCUCUGAGAACGACAAAAUGCACUGACGCCGUCUGUCCCCGUCUUUAGCCUUUAACGUUUUGCAGUUUCCUGGCAGAUGCUGUUGUAAAUCUGUUACAGACGGUACGGCAGUGAUGUGGAGAGACGAUACGAAAAGAUUAUUUGGAUCUUCCUCCUUCAGUAUUACAGAGUUUUCUGUCGUUCGGGUUAUUUUCUUGGAUUCUUAGACCCUGUAACCGGUUGUGUCGAUUGAAGAAUUUGGCAAGCAAAGCCUCGCGGGGUUUUAGUUUGCGUUGUACUUUUUUAAAAACUUUUUUUUUUACAUGAUUGUCUCGCACUUGUAACAGAGGUAGCUCUCACAAAGCAGAACAAACUAAAUGUCACCUGCUGUUAUAUUUGACUGGUGAAACUUGGGAGAUUAUCGUCUGAUCCAGGAAUUCAAGUUUCUGGCAUUUUAAAGUAUUACAUGGGGAUUUGUUUUAUAUUUAUUCUGUUUUGUUAUUCCUUUUCUCUCUGUAAGAUGAGUAAUUAUUGAUGCUGAUAAAAAUUAUUUGUAGCUGGGAAAAAUGUAUUUUUACAUUGAAAAAUUACCAUUAGCAUUUUUGGUUUUUUAUUUUUCUCUUUCAAUAAAUUUUUUAUAUA